AUGAAAUUAACAACAAUUUUAAGAAGAUUAGACAUAUUUGGAGUUCCUAUAACAUUAAUUGGAUUUAAUCGUCUAAAAUAUUAAACUAAAUUAGGAGGAUUAGUUAGUUUAGCAUUAGUUGGUUGGCUCACUUAUAACAUAAUUCUACAAUUUGUUUCAUUAAUAUCUAAAAACAAAUUGCUAGUAACUACAAAUUCUAUAUUUAGUGAUAAUCCAUCAUUAAUUGAGUUAAAUUCAUAAAAUUUCAUGUUUGCAUUAUAAAUUAGAUAAUCUGACUAUGUAGAUGUAAUAAAUUAAUCAUUAUUAAAAGAAACCCUAUUUUACCUUUAAAUUAGAACAUCUUUCUGUAACAAAUGGGUUCAAUAAAACCACUUAAAUAAUUCCUUUUACAAAAUGUACUAUUAAAGAUUUUGAAAAUCUAUAUUUUUAUAAUGUGAAUAUGUUUGAAUAGCUAGUAUUCAAUAAUUAUACAGAUUGGGUAUGUCCUUAAUUUGGAAAUAAAACUUAUGCCUUACAAGGUAAAUUUGGAGCAAACUUAUUUCAAUAUUUGAAAAUUUCUGCUAUUCCUUGUAAACCUGGAUAAUAUGAUUAUGAUUAUUAAUGUCCAAGUUAUGAAGAAACUAUAUAAUACAUUAAUUCUAUAGAUGGAGAACUUAAUAUCAAUUUAAUGAUUACUAACGUAAAUGUUAAUACAGCAUAAACUAAUAGUUAUACUGGAUUUUUAGAUAGAGAUUAUUAUAUGUUAUUGAAUCCAUUAAAAUAAUUUGGAUCUGUUGAUAUGUUCCUCCGUAAUUGGGAUGUUUAUACAAAUCCAUCUAUUAUUGAUGAUGGAACUGAUUUUGAUUAUUAAAAUUAUGUAGUUUUAGAGAAAUAAGAGACAUCAGAAAAAUAGAAUUAUCAUGAGUAUGAUAUAGCUAAAGAUUAAGAAAUAGCUAAGUUAUUUUUUAGAACUAGUUAAUAUUCAUUAUAUACUAAACGUAAUUAUGUAAGUAUAGGUGAUUUUUUAGCUUAUGUUGGUGGAAUAUUUGGAUCUUUAUAUACAUUAGGUUCAUUAUUUAUGUCUCUUUAUGCUUAUGAAUAAUUGUGGUUAAAAUUGUUUAAGGUUCAUUAUAAUUUGAUUGCUUAUGAUAGAAAUUGCAAAUCUCUUAAUGAAAUCAUUAAAAAUAAAUUCUCUUAAGAAAAUAUUUUAAUUCCUAAUAUGAAAUCUUUUUUUUUAUUUUUUACCAAAUAAGGUAUUUAGAAUAUUAAGACUUAUAUAUAAUCAUAAACUAUUAUAAUGGAAGACUUAAGUGUUGUUAAUUAUUUAAAAACUGUUAAAGAUUUAUAAAAAAUAAAAAAAAUACUUUUUAAUGAAAAAUAAACUUAAAUUUUAGAUCUCUAUAAUAAAGAAACAAUUGCAAUUACUAAAUAUUAAGCUUAACAUUCUCAUAAAUUAGAAAAAGGAAAGAAGUUUUUAUAUGGAUAACAUUUUUAAGAUCAUACACUUUAAACUCUAAGAAAAAUUAUAGAUCAAUAUUAGAAUCUACUUUAUGAUAAAGAUAAGUUUUAACUUAAGAUUACUUAAAGAUUAAUAAAUAUUUUUGAUUUUGAUUUCUAAGAAGUUAUAAAUAAUUGGGAAAAUGGCUAUUAUCAAUUGAAAACUCUCAAUACAACUAAUUAUGAUAAUGUUUAAAAUAAUAGGAUGCCUCAAUUAUCAUAAUAAUUUGCCAUCUCAAAAGAUAUCACUAAGAUAAUUAAUUUCAGAAAUUAAUAUACAUUAAGUAAUACUGAAAUAGAAAGUUUAUUGAAAACAUUAUUCUUUAAAAAACAAACUUUGUAUCUUGAUGAAAAUUUCAAUAUCUAAUAUGAAGUCUAAAUUAAUAAUGAAGAAGAAAAAAUCAAUUAUGUUUUGACAAUACAUAAUAAAUUUUAAUAAUAUGAAUUAGAUAUUAAGUAAUCUGAUAUACUAAUUUAACAUUAAUAUACUGCUCGUAAACAUAAAAUAGAAUGUAAUUUAAUGAAGAAUAAAGCAAUUUCUCUUUUAGAUUUAAUUAAUUGUUCUCUAGAAGUUACUAUUAAUUCUAAUUAUACUAUUUAUUUAAAUUGCUCCCUCAAUUCAAAUAUCCAAUAUUAAUUAAAAGUUAUAAAUAUUCCUAAAGAUUUCAGAACCCAUUAUUAUAUUUACUUAGACGAUCACAAUAAAGAAAGGUUUUAGUUACUUUUUGCACUUAUGCAUCAAUAGAAAUUUAUGAUGUCUAAUUUCGAGAAUUUUGAAUGCAUGUUUUAAUUUGAUUCUAAUGGAUAAAGUGCAUAAUAUAUUGAAAUUUUUAUGAAUUGGCCAAAUAAUGAAAUAAUUUUAAAUGAAUAGAUUAUUUCAAAUAAACCUUACAUUUAAUUUUUAUAGGUGCUCUAUGAUAUAAUUAUACUUUAUUUGUAAAAUUAAUGA